AUGUCGACCAUGAUCACGUUCGCCGCGAACAACGAGUUCUUUCGCAAGCGCAAGCGAGUUCAUCGCGCGUGUGAAUCAUGUAAAAAGCGGAGAAAGCGCUGCAGCCAUACUUUUGACGAUGAAGAAGCUCAGCAUGUAGAAGACGGAAGCUCUUCCCAAAGUGGACACCCAGGCGCUCCCAGAAGCUCCGAUUUCCAUGCUGCAAAUGGACACUACCAUGCACACGAUGCAAAAGGUCCUCGUGGAGAGGCCAUUGCUCAUGGAAAUGCCAAUUCCAUUAUGCCUCCACCACAUAGUCCGGUAGAGGAUCCACACACCCAAACUCCGCCCAACUUUCUGGGCUACCUCAACCCAGAAGCCGUUCUGCGAGAGCAGGUCCAUGGCGAACGUGGAAAGCCGGCUGGAUCACCCAGUAAUCCUUCCAUUGGCCACUGGAUAGACGAAAGAGAUCCAAGACCAGCGUCGACAAACGGGGGUUCAACUUCAUCGCGCAUUAAUGAGACAGGUCCGCAUACUACCCAGGAAGCGCAGAUCUCCAGAGCCCUUCAACAGUACUUAGAUGCAGUAGGGUAUGAUGUUCUGCCCUCAAGACGGAAUCAGGAUGCUCUCCUUGACAUCUACUUUGCCUAUGUGCACCCACUUCUUCCGUUAGUCGACAAGGAACUCUUCUACGAGCAAUACAAUCACGGCCGGGAAUCACGAAUGCUAAUGCAAGCAAUUUGCAUCGUAGCGUCAAAGCAUGCCCAUGCGGCAAAACACCUCCAUCUCGGAGAGGAUAUGGCACUUAGUCCGAGGACAUUUUCUCAGAAGCUGUACAAUGCUGUCAUUGUGGGUAUUGAAGCAAAACUAGAGAAGAAUCGUGUUGUAUUGAUACAAGUUCUGGCGCUUAUAUCGCUACAUUGUGAAGGGCCAGAUGGCGCUGAGCAAGCUUCGAUGCAUCUUGCGCAGGCCAUCCACCACGCCCAUACAUUUGGAUUGCAAUUCGGCCAUCAAUGGAAAAACCAGAGCUCGGAAUCACAAGGAAAUCUCGAGGAUGUGUUUUGGUGUCUUUGGAGUUUGGACAAAAUCAAUGCAUGCAUGUAUGGUCGGCCUUUGCUCAUGCAUGAUCGCGACAACAGCUUGAGACAACUACCGACAGAUCCUGAGAAGCGGUCAAGUCCAUUUGGAAUCUGGCUCCAGAUCUCAGAAAUGUUGGACAAGGUCAUUGACUACUAUCGACCUGGGAGAGCAGCAGAAGAGACUGGCUGGGAGGGAGACGACUUUUUAGGCUUCGAGGAAAUGGUUGGUGAUGGAGAGGAUAAGCUCGAUGGUCCCAUAAUGAGUCUACUGUCGCUGUUCCACCAUACCAUGUGUAUGGCUUCGCACAAGUCCCUCUCAAUCAACGCUCCUGUCAAAUCAACACCAUCUUACGUCCGCCAAAGUCUUUCAGCGACCAGAGUCAUUCAUCUGCUCAACGCCGAGUCCCCAGAACUACUACCACCACUCCCUAUCGUGCCAUACGCACUGGGCGUAGCCCUCAGCGUAGUCUACCGCCACUUCCGAUCACGACGCCUAAAAGUGCACGUCAAUCGCGCGACCGAAGAAUUAAAGCAAUGUGUCCGCCUCCUCGACCGCCUACGAAACGCAUGGUGGUCAGCAGGCACGACCGCAGAUCUAGGCCGCGCAGUCCUCAGCAACGCCGCCGGCCGCACCACCAACGCCGCCAACACGCCCGUCCCCGCGCCCGCCGAACCCCGUCGCCCCGAACCAAAAACAGAGCCUCCAACACCGCAAAACACACAUGAAGGUCAUCCUUUAUCCCAAUCCCACUACGUCCCACAACCACACUGGUCCCAAAAUACAGACACAGCCAUCGAUCCCCGUCUCCAACACCCACACCAAUCCCACACCCCAUUGCCCAGCCUCCUCAACCCCAUCUCAUCCGCACCUCCAACCUCGACCUCCACACCAGGCCAACACCCAACCAGCAGCGAGCGCGCCGACCGCGCCCCGAUUCCGCCUGCCGUCUAUGGCUUUGCGGAGCAGUCGCCCGACUGGCUGAAUUUUGACGCCGCGUUUGAAAACUUUGAGGGCUUGCUUGGGAGCUCGGGCGCGGAUCUGAGUAAUGAGUUGUUUAGGCCGUUGAAUUAUGAGACUCUUGAGGGGUUUUUGGAUCCUGCGGCUUGA